ACAACAACACAUGUGUAUAAGGAAGAGGAAUAAGUAAUACAUGUGGUAGCUAAAUAGAUACAUGUCAUUCUCUUAUAAAUGUUGAUCAUCACUCUUUCGAAUUUAAGUAGUUGAGCUAAGCAUGCAAUUCCAAGCAAUCCAAUAGUACUUGGUCCAAAUCAAGAAGCACCAAACAUGAAGCUAGCCAUGAUCAGAACAAGUGCCAAGAAACUACAGUUUCUGUUAGAGAGAUUAUGCACAAGAGUUUUAAAUACAUUCAAAUUCUUCAAAUAUCUGUUAAGGUCUUUUUUUGAUCAUCUCAUGUUCUUGUUCUUACAUUAUGUUCCUCCUUUCUGGACUCAUCUCCUGUACUUCACCUUCUUCUCUGUCUCGGCCUUCUUAUUCUUCAAGUCCUCGUCGUAUUCGUCGAGGCCUAGAGACAUCGAUUUGUUCUUCACGGCCGUCUCUGCCAUCUCUCUGUCGAGCAUGUCGACAGUCGAGAUGGAAGUUUUUUCUCAUUUUCAGCUACUCAUAUUGACAUUCUUAAUGCUAAUAGGUGGAGAAGUAUUUCUUUCCCUUGUUAAACUUCAAAUAUCGAAAUUCGAGAAGAAACAUACAUUCCCUGUGACUUCUCUAUCUGAAUACUCUGCUUCUAAUCCUGAGCUAGGAUUGACAGAGCAAGAUAUGACUAAUACAUUUGAAAAAUCCGCUGAGGACAGAUUGCGGAUCUCUUCUAUAAAUUGUUUGAGUUAUUCUAUCGUGGCGUAUUUGCUUGCAACUCAUAUGAUCAGCUCCUUCAUGAUUUCCUUCUACAUGGAGUCUGUCCCGAGUGCAAAACAAGUCCUUACCCAAAAAGGGAUCAAGGUCAGUUUAUUUUCAGUUUUCGCCGCGAUUUCUUCCUUCGCAAACUGUGGUUUCCUUCCUACAAACGAGAGCAUGAUGGUGUUCAAGAAAAACACAACCCUUCUCCUGAUUUUAAUCCCCCAGUGUCUUGUGGGAAGCACCUUAUACCCCUUUUUCCUACAACUCCUCCUCAGUUUCCUCAACACCGUCACGAAAAGGCCGGAACUGGAAUACAUUUCGAAACACUACAACAAACUGGGCUACACCAAUUUAAUGUCUAGGAGGAAAAGUUGUUCUAUUGCAGCAACUGUGGUCGGAUUUGUUAUGAUUCAGUUUGUUAUUUUCGCGGCGAUGGAGUGGAACAACAAGGGCUUAUUCGAAGGCCUUGAUUCUUACGAGAAGAUGGUAGCGAUACUAUUUCAAGUCACGAACACAAGGCACACCGGUGAAAGUGUGUUCGAUAUUUCAACUAUUUCUCCAGCUGUCCUCGCUUUGUUUGUCGCUAUGAUGUAUCUUCCUCCAUAUGCUUCACUUUUGUCGGUUAAAAACGGUGAAAAAUCUUCAACAAUUGUGGACGCAACUGCAAGUAGGAGAACCAAAAGGAAAUAUGUGCAGCUCUCGGAGCUCGCUUAUUUAGCCAUCUUCACGAUACUCAUCUGCAUAUCUGAGAGAAAGAGCAUCAAGGAAGAUCCACUAAAUUUUAGUGUGUUCAACAUCAUCUUCGAAGUGAUUAGUGCAUAUGGCAACGUGGGAUUCACUAUGGGAUAUAGCUGCGGAAGACGAAUAAAAUCAGAUGAAAGUUGCAAAGACGCGUAUUAUGGAUUCGCAGGAAGAUGGUCUGACAGCGGGAAAGGCAUUCUCAUUCUUGUCAUGCUCUUUGGUCGCCUUAAAUCCUUGUUUUACAAGGGGAGUGCUCCUUGAAAUUUUCCUAGCUCUACUGCCAAUGAUCAGUACAUGUUUGUUUCGAGUCUCUACAUAAAUUUUGAAAAUUUUUGUACAUGGCGCCGUUUGGCUCAACUUAAAAUAAAUACUUCUUGUUUAAAGGUAAAGAA